AUGCGGUCCUCUUUGACGACGGUGCUACGGCACCUCCUCUUCGCGACUCUCGCGGGGACAUCCCGCGCUUUCCUUGGUGUUCAAGAUGAUAGGUUAGUUCUUGGUAUUAACAAUGAGUAUUCAGGUGUUUGUUAUACGUACGUAUCCGUCUAUCCAGUCCUUGCCGAUAUUCCCGACUACAUCACCGUCACACAAUCAUACAAGGGCUCAGUCAAGACUCUACAAACCGUUCCUCCGCAGGGCGAUGAACCAGGUAUUGUCAUCGUUCAGGAGCCGGGCGGUACUUCAUCACCAGAGAACACAAUCAUUUCAGCAUCAGAUGGGGGUUCUUACGUGAUUACACUUCGCCCACAUAAGGGAUCAGUUUCGAUUACUUCAGCCAUCACAAGGGUUAUUCCACCAACAGAUGGUAACCCUGGAGAGGUCAUUAUCGAAACCCCAGGCGAUGGCACUUACGAAACCCUUCGACCACUUACUCUCGAACCUCACGGCACAUCUGGAUAUGUCACAGUUCUCCAGCCACUUACUAACGCAGAACUCUCAUCCAUUGAAUGGAUUACUCUCUCACCCAGCGGAGGACAACGUGGUUCAGUCAUUAUCCACGUUCCUUCCAACACACUCACUAGAGGCAAACUCGAACCUCUCACACUCGAGCCUGCUAAGAUCGGUGGUUUUGUCACCGUCAUCGAGGCGCAUGAAACAGUUUCAACAGUCAUCCGCGUGACUAUUGAACCGAGCGGCAAAAAUCCCGGUACGGUUCUUAUUCAAACACCAGCUUUGGCUUCUCUCCAAGCUCUGGGACGCAUCGAGGCCCAGACGAUCACUCUACAACCUGAAGACGCGACUGGUUAUGUCACUAUUAUCGAACCAGCUGAGGGAGACGUCACGCCCACAGCUCCUAUUAGAAUUACUAUUCCUCCGACUGGCACCAAGCUCGGCACUGUUUUGAUUCAAACACCCCCUGGAGUUAACAACGCCGAUCAGGGAGGACCAAAGGCUACUCUACCACCAGGUGCCACGGCUCCACCAGGUGGCUCAGAUUCUGAUGGAUCAGUAUCUUAUACUACCAUUACCCGAGUUGUCACGGACCUCGAUCUUGGUGAUGGCGGUUCAGGCGAUGGGUCUGGUAAUGGUUCGAAUGAUGGAUCAGAGGACAACUCUGGCGACGACGCAAACGGCGAUGCGGCAGCUGGAGGCGACGGCAACGACGAUAACGGGCCACGACAAACGGUCACGAUUCCUCCCGAAAACGGAAAAUUAGGAACCGUUCUCAUUCUCAGGCCAGGACGCUCAGGCGAUUCUGCCACUGGGCAAGACGGUCAAGACAACGCCGUGGAAAGCUUGUCCGGAGAUGCCCAGCAGUCUGACUCUGCCAACGGAGACUCCGAUGAUGAGGAUUCAAAGUCUGGGAGAAUAGAAAAUGACGGCGAGGAAGAUUCAGAUGAUCAGUCUGGCGAUUCAAAUUCUCCUGGUGCCAAUGCAGGCGCCGAUGGCUCAGACGGCGACAACGGCGAUGGAUCUUCUGGCUCUGGUUCAGGUUCCGGAUCGAAAUCUGGCAGCGGCUCUGGCCAGCAAGGCCAAGGCAAUGACUCAGUAGACAAUGAUUCAACUGGAGGUGAUGAUAACUCAGGAGGAGAUGCCCAAGGAGGCAGCGGUUCUGGAAACAAUGAUCCCGACGAUCCCAACUUCCGCGAUGGCCACGGCAAACACAAUGGCAACCAUGACGACUCCGAUGGCCAUAGGGGUGGCUCUUCAAAUAAUAACUCUGGAGGAAGCGGAUCUGGAGAUGGUAGCUCCAGUGAUGGAGGUAGCCAGGGAUCCGGAGGAAACGGAGGUUCUGGAGGCGACAAUGGUCAAAACAACUCUGGAAACGGAAAUUCAGGGUCUAACAACGGCUCUGGAAACAACGGUUCUUCUGAAUCUGGAAACUCUUCUGGUGGCUCCAACUCUGGAAAUGGUCAGUCCGGCAGCGACAACCAGUCUGGAGGUUCAGGCAAUGACGGAGACUCCUCGAAUAACUCAGGCGGCUCUGAUUCGCCCUCCAUCGGCGAAGUCGAGAGUAACGACUCUGGAGAUGGCUCUUCAAGGGGCAACUCUGGAGAUAGCUCUGCAGACGACGACGACUCCGGCUCUGGGUCUGGGUCUGGCUCCAACUCCAACAAUGGCAAUAGUUCCGGAGGGUCUGGCUCAGGGGGCAACAACAACAACGGUGGCUCUGGACAAGGCAGUUCUGGUGGCCAGUCUUCAGGAAACAAUAACAACUCUGGAGGUAGCGGAUCUGGUUCCAACAACGGUGGCUCCGGCUCAGGGUCCAACGACAAUGAUUCCGGAGAUGGCACCAAUGGAAACACUAGCGGCACAGGAAACUCUGGCAGCGGAGACAACAACUCUGGCUCUGGCUCUGGAAACAAUGGUUCCUCUGGCGGGAACGGUUCCUCAGGCGGUGGCCAAUCGGGAACCCCUCAGGGCGGAGACAACUCCAGCCCAGGCUCUUCAGGAGGCAGUGGGUCUGGAUCCAACAACAGCGGCAGUGGCUCGCAAGGUGGAUCGGGAUCGGGCUCAUCAGGGUCUGGAUCUGGUGGAAACGGAAACGGUUCCUCUGGUGGGAGUGGCUCUGGGUCUAAUAAUAACGGCAAUGGAUCCUCUGGAGGUGACGGCAAUGGAUCUGGAUCAGGGUCCGGCAGUGGGUCUUCUGGAGGUAACAACUCCGGAGGAAGUGGAUCAGGGUCCGGCAACAACGGCUCCUCCGGGGGUAACGGUAACACUUCUUCAGGAGGUUCUGGAUCAGGGUCAGGAAACAAUGGUUCUUCAGGUGGCACCGGAUCCGGAUCAAACAAUGGCAGCGACAACGGUGGUUCAUCGGGAGGUAGUGGAUCGGGAUCCGGAAGCACCGGCUCAUCUGGAGGGAACGGCAAUAAUUCCGGAGGAAACGGAUCGGGAUCCAACAACGGCAAUAGCUCGGGAUCUGGCAACAACGGAUCUUCUGGUAACGGAGGAAACGGUAAUAGCUCCUCUGGUGGCAAUAACUCGGGAUCGGGAUCCAACGGCAGUGGAAGUGGUUCAUCUGGAGGCAACGGCAACCAGUCCGGAGGCACCAACAACAAUGGUGGCUCUGGCUCUGGGUCCUCCGGGGGUGACGGAUCCGGAUCCGGGUCUGGUAAUGCAUCGCGCUCGGUAUCUGCAUCUCCAAGCCCUGGUGGCAAGCUCAACCCCGAUGACGACAAUAGCUCUGGAGGUGCUGCCCCUACAACUCGAGUCCCCUCAAACAACGGGUCAGGCAAUAAUUCUGGCAACAACAACAACUCCGGUGGUAAUAACUCUGGAAGCAACGGAUCCGGAGGCAACUCACCAGGAAGCAACGGCAACUCGGGCAAUAACAACUCCGGUGGAAACGGUAGCUCGAGCGGCGGUGACAACUCUGGAGGUGAUGGAGACGGAUCUUCUGGAGGUAAUGGUUCUGGGGCUGGCUCUGGCAACGGCUCUUCAGCAUCCAGGAGCUCGACUCGUGCCCCUAAUGGUGGCGCUACGCGACCCCAGCCUCAUCUCCAGACCACAACUUCCCGCUACACCGUCACGUCAAGUGGUCAAGUUGUCACGCGUACUUCGGUCAUCGUCGAGACAAUUAGCGACUCGGGCGACGGAACUGGUACAUCCAGUCAUCGUUCUGCGUCAGUUCGUGGAGACAGCUCAUCAUCGCAUCACGGCUCAGCUUCCAGUCAUUCCUCCAGGCCUCAUAUAGCUGCCUCUGUCGCUGGAACCCCAAGACCUUCUCAAAGUUCUAACGGCGGAUCCGGUUCUGGUGGCGGCUCUGGUGAUGAUGAAGAGUCUACUUCCGGCAACGGGCAGGCUCCUUCGGCCACCUUGACACCUGUGGAGCAGAUCAUUCCUUCAGCUGUAACCACCGUUUCAGGCGGAUCGGCUUCAACUAACUCGAGAGCUGGAUCCAGUGUCAGUCAGCCAUCCGCCGGAGGAAACAGCCAAGCCUCCAACUCUGCUGGAAACUCGGCCAACAAUGGUGCUGCAUCCAGUUCUGGUUCCCGAGCUGCUUCUAGCUCUGGAUCUUCAACCAACACUGCAGCAUCUAACGGCAACGGCGGAGCCGGUGGUUCCAAUUCCGCCUCUGCCGGCAAUGGAGGAGCUGCUAAUGGAUCUGGCUUCUCAUCUUCACUUCCAGCCAACACGAGAGUUGCAAGUGGUUCUGCAGCUACUGCUUCAGGCCAAGGAAGUGGUGGAGUUCAGGCAUCCAGAUCCGGGGCUGGAUCCUCUGGUACAGGUACGCCUAACCAGAACAACGGUUCAGAUGGCGAUGAUGACUCUGGCUCAGGGGGUGGAUCCAAUGCUUCGAACACCGCUGGAUCGGCUGGCGGUCGAGCUUCCAGCUCUCACUCCAGCUCGCAUGGCUCGCACAGUUCUACUGUCUCGGGCGUAGUGGCUGGAGGUGCCGUGAGCUCGGGAUCCGCAGGUGGCGCUUCAGCAACAGGUGCUUCCAACUCGGCUCACCACUCUGGUUCUGCCCAUGGCUCUUCAAAUACAGCACAUGGUGGCAGCCAGGCCUCCACACCUAGUGGCUCCGGCCCUGAUGAUGAUUCGGGCGAUGACGAUGGAGCCCAGCAAGGAGGGAAUGGCUCCAACGCCUCUUCCACUGGCGCAACAGGACACUCAAGCUCAGCUCACCACUCUUCUGGAUCUUCGCAUACUGGUUCUGGCAAUCAGUCAGGUUCUGUUGAUGGAGCCAAUGCUACUGGUGCUCCUCAGGGUGCUGGUGGAUCAGCUCACAGCGGAUCGGCCGGCCAUGGCACCCACACUGGUGGCAACUCAGCGUCUCCCUCCAGCGGCCAAGGCCAACAGCCUGGAGAUGAUGACGAGGAGGAAGAGAACAAUGUCCCCGGUUCAGGUAGUUCUGAUCCUGCUCAUACUUCAGGAACUGGUGCCCAUGGCUCUGCCCAUAGUACAUCUCACCCCGUUUCGGCUCACGUCAACAACGCCUCUGGAACACACGCAUCAGGUGCUGGCGCUUCUGCGACUGGUGCUGGUGCUGGUGGCGACGGCGACGGCGACGGCGACGAAGAUGGUGGUGAUGAUGACGGUGGAUCUGGAAACCAAGCUUCUCACACAGGUUCAGGCUCUGUCCACUCGGCUCACGGAACUGCCACAGGUGCUUCGGGAGACUCUCAUGGAGCCUCUCAUUCGAGCAGUUCAGGUGCUUCCCAUGCUUCCGGCACAGGUGUAGCUGGUGUCGGUGAUGGAGAUGGCGAUGACAACUCUGGAGAUGGCGACAGCUCUGAAACUGCAACUGACGACGACACUGCUUUCCUCACACCCGAGGUCCCAGUUCCUACUGGCGUCCCCUCGGACGAUGGUGAUGACGACGAUUCAGGAGCUGCCCAAACCGAGACAGACGACUCUGGUGCUGGGUCUGUGACUGAUGAUGAGACUGCUUUCAUCACGCCCCAAGUUCCAGUGCCCAGUAGAUUCUUGACUAGUGCUAAUGGUGGUGAUGAUGAUGACGCCUCCGCAACUCAGGAUGAUGGAGGCUCUGACGAGUCCACUACCGACGACGCAGAUGCUGGAGGGACUGGCACUGGAGACGAUGACGGAUCUGCAAGCGAAACCGAAGACUCUGGGUCAACAGCAACUUCUUCUGGAGCUGGCUUUGAUGACGAAGAUGAAGAUGACCAUGAUACUAGUUCAGGCAUCACAAGCUUCACUUCUGGAGCCGCAGCUACCGGAGCUCAUCAUGGCGCUACAACCAUCCCAGCGACAAACGGUGGCAACGUCACCAUUUACAGACCUGGUUCUCGCCUCGCCUUCCACACUAUCUACAUCGCGCCCACAUCUACUGAGCCAGGAACCGUUAUCAUUGAGACGCCAACCAUGGGCCCUCUGGCCAGCGGCGGUGCUUCUGCUUCGGACGGUGCGAAGCCUAACGUUACCAUCUACAGUGGUGGAUCUGGGUCGGUCACUCAUACGUCCUUUAUCCCCGCCACUGGAACUGAUGAGGCCGGCACUGUUAUUAUCGUGACGCCUACUUCAGACCCCGACGAUGAGACUGAUGGGGAUAUCACCGGGUCUGUGAGCACAAGGCACCACGUUACCAUCAUCAGCGGCGGCCCAGGCUCUGUUGCUUAUACAACCUACUACCCCCCGGCCAAUUCGGAUGGGCAGGGCACAGUUGUCAUUGUCACCCCGACUGCAGACCCUGGUGACGGUGAUGAUGGCGCUACAGCCACGGAUGAUGAUAAUAAUUCAGAAGCCACUGGAACCGACGGCUCUCCUGAAGACGGCGAGACUGGAAGCAACUCCUUCAGCAUCAGGCCCAAUGUCACCGUCUACAGCACUGGCACUGGAUCAGUUGGUCACACGACUUACCUGCCAGCUACUGCCUCCAACGAAGCAGGCACAGUUGUCAUUGUGCGUCCAGCUGGCGAUGCCACUGAGACCGACGAUGGGGCCGGUAGUCCUACUGUGACCAUCUACAGUGGAGGUCCAGGCGCGACAGGGCAUACCACCUACGUCCCUCCCGCAACCUCGGGCGAGGCCGGUACUCUAUAUAUCAUCACACCAACUUCGGGUCCUGAAACUGAGACUGGUGAUGGAGAUAACACCCCAGCUGUGACGAUUUACAGCGGUGGCCCCGGCUCAACGGCUCAUAGCACCUAUGUCCGCGGUGCUUCUGGUGAAGCUGGAACCCUCUACAUCGUCACUCCUACUGGUGGCUCUCACAGUCACACUUCUGGGCAUUCUGAUACCCACGCUGGUCGACCUACUGUCACUAUCUAUAGUGGCGGUUCUGGUUCGACUACUCGCACGAGCUAUGUCGCCCCAACUGGCACAGAUGAGGACGGAACUCUCUAUAUCAUCACUCCCACUACCGGUCCAGAAUCCGAGACUGACGGGGAAGAUGAUGGCCCUACUGUUACUGUUUACAGCGGCGGCCCUGGCUCUAGUGGUCACACAUCCUUUGUCCCUGGAGUCUCGGGCGAACCGGGUACUCUUUACAUCGUCACCCCCACUUCUGGUCCCGAAGCUGAGACCGAUGAUGGAGACGAUAGCCCUACCAUCACUGUGUAUAGUGGAGGCGCUGGCUCGAGCGGCUAUACCACCUACGUCCCUGCAGCUGAGUCUGGGGAAGCUGGAACGCUCUAUAUCGUUACGCCAACUGCCGUUUCACGUGAAACCGUCACCAUACGCAGUGGCGGCCCCGGAUCAACAGGUUAUACGACUUAUGUGCCCGGUGUCUCGGGCGAGCCAGGAACUCUUUACAUCGUUACUCCAACAUCUGGCCCUGAAGCCGAGACCGGGGAUGGAGACGACAGCCCGACUGUCACCAUCUACAGCGGUGGCGCAGGCUCAAGUGGCUAUACUACCUACGUCCCGGCCGCUGAAUCUGGCGAGCCCGGAACACUCUACAUUGUCACGCCGACUGCUGGCACCCAUGCUCACUCUGGUAGCAGCCAUACCGGAGCCCAUACCGUCACUGUACACAGUGGUGGCCCUGGGGCAACUGGCCAUACAACGUAUGUGCCGGGCGUUUCAGGCGAUCCAGGAACUCUUUAUAUCGUUACUCCAACCUCUGGAUCUGAGGCUGAGACUGAUGAUGGAGACGAUGACGCCCCUACAGUCACCGUCUAUAGUGGUGGCUCAGGCUCAAGCGGCUACACCACCUAUGUUCCCGGUGUCGAUGAUGAGCCUGGGACGCUCUACAUCGUCACCCCAACUGGCGAUUCCGAGACUGAUUCUGAUGGCCAGCCCACUGUUACUAUCUUCAGCGGCGGCCCCGGGGCCACUGGGCACACCACCUAUGUGGCAGGAGUCUCAGGCCAACCUGGCACUCUUUACAUCGUCACACCCACUGCUGGCGCAACUGCAGAUGAUGAUGAAGAUUCCGGAAACCAGACUGACAGGCCUACCGUGACUAUCUACAGUGGCGGCCCUGGUUCCACGGCACACUCUACUUACGUGUCGGGCGUUUCGGGUGAGCCUGGCACUCUUUAUAUAGUCACACCUACCGCUAGCGUCACUGGAACAGAUCUCGACGACGCCAAUGAGACUGAUGGCCCUACUGUUACUGUCUACAGCGGUGGACCCGGUGCAACUGCGCACUCAACCUUCGUCUCAGGGGUUUCAGGCCAACCCGGCACUCUCUAUAUCGUCACGCCUACCUCAGGUGUCACUGAGACCGAUGAUGCAGGCGAGGUCAGCCAAACGGGAGCUGGUAAUGUUACUAUCUUCGCGGGUGGACCUGAUUCAACCAGAUACACCAACUACAUCCCCCCGACUGCUCCUGGAGAAUUAGGAACACUGGUCAUCAUCACUCCCACAGCUAGCGCGUCUGCUACCGAUGAUGAUUCAGGAAGCCCAACUGUCACCGUUUACAGCGGCGGUCCUGGUUCAACAGCACACUCGACCUAUGUUGCAGGCGAAGAUGGUGAGCCAGGCACCCUGUAUAUCAUCACCCCGACUGCUGGUGCUGCCGAAACUGAUGAUGACUCCGGAACUCCUACUGUCACUAUCUUCAGUGGUGGCCCAGAGUCUACAGGACAUACUACGUACGUGCCAGGUCUCUCAGGCGAACCCGGGACUCUCUAUAUCGUUACGCCAACUUCUGGAGCUUCACCAACCGGUGAUGAUGAUGAGGCUCCAACUGUCACCAUCUUCAGCGGAGGCCCUGGUUCUACCAGACAUAGCACUUACCUCGCACCAGCCGAGUCCGGCCAGGCAGGCACUCUCAUAAUUAUCACACCUACAGGUGCAUCUGCGACCGAUGAUGAAGACUCAGGAACUCCCACAGUCACCGUGUACAGUGGAGGACCUGGAUCUACGGCGCACACGACGUAUGUCCCUGGUGAGGACGACGAGCCGGGCACACUCUACAUCAUUACACCGACUUCCGGACCCGCUGCAACGGAUGACGACGAUGAUGCUCCAACUGUCACGGUCUUCAGUGGAGGAUCCGGUGCAACCGCUCACAGCACCUACGUGCCAGGCAUUUCCAACCAGCCCGGAACAUUAUACAUCGUCACUCCCACGGGCGCAUCUGCCACAGAUAAUGACGACUUAGAUGUUCCUACGGUUACUAUCUACAGCGGCGGACCCGGAUCGACAGCGCACAGCACCUACGUUCCAGGUGAAGACGAUGAGCCAGGCACCCUCUAUAUCAUCACUCCUACCUCUGGCCCGUCAGCCACAGAUGAUGAUGACUCAGGGUCUCCCACCGUUACCGUGUACAGCGGAGGUUCAGGUUCAACUGCGCAUUCCACGUAUGUUGCUGGUGUUUCUGGCCAACCAGGAACCCUUUAUGUGGUCACUCCUACUUCUGGAGCCUCUGCCACGGAUGACGAGGACGCUGGCAGCCCUACGGUCACCAUCUACACUGGAGGUCCAGGCUCCACCGGUCACACGACCUAUCUGCCUCCAGCAGCUUCAGGCGAGCCAGGAACCCUCGUUAUCGUCACCCCCAUGGGCGGAGCAUCUGCAACAGAUGACGACAACGUCAGAACUCUCACCGUUACGGUCUAUAGUGGAGGACCAGGUUCAACCGCGCACACAACUUAUGUCGCAGGCGAAGAUGGUGAGCCAGGAACUCUAUACAUCGUCACACCCACUUCUGGGGCCUCCGAGACAGAUGAUGAUGACUCAGGAAGCCCUACAGUCACCGUUUUUAGUGGUGGGCCAGGCUCAGCCGGACAUACCACCUAUGUGGCUGGCGUUUCAGGACAACCCGGAACCCUCUUCAUCGUUACCCCUACAUCUGAUCCCUCUGCUACAGAAGACGAUGAUUCCGAAACCGUCACCGUCGUUAACGGAGGCCCGGGUGUAUCUGGACACACUACUUAUGUCCCAGGCAUCUCAGGUCAGCCCGGGACUCUGUUCAUCGUCACUCCGACGUCCGGCGCCUCUGAGACGGACGACGAUGAUGGCUCAGGAAGUCCUACUGUUACUGUCUUCAGUGGUGGGCCAGGUACAGUUGGACAUACCACGUAUGUCCCUGGCGAAAACAAUGAGCCUGGAACCCUUUUCAUUGUCACGCCCACAUCUGACCCCUCUGCAACGGAUGAUGAUGAUUCUAGAAGCCCAACCGUCACUAUUUACAGUGGUGGGCCUGGCUCAACAGCUCACAGCACUCACACUUCUGGACAUCAUGGAGCUGGCGAGACUGUUACCAUCUACAGUGGAGGCCCUGGGUCAACUUCGCACUCGACUUACCUUUCUCCAGAAGCUUCAGGCGAGCCAGGCACUCUCAUCAUCAUUACCCCUACUUCCGGCGCCACUGCUGGUGUUGAAGAUGAUGAUGACGAAGUGACUGGAACCCACAGUGGAACUCACACCGGGCACCACACUGGAGGCCAGACCGUUACCAUUUAUACUGGUGGCUCUGGGUCGUCUGCUCACUCGACCUACGUCCCUCCAGCCGAGUCUGGCGAGCCCGGAACUCUCAUCAUUGUCACACCAACAUCCGGCUCUCACACUUCUCACCAUGCCACUGAGACGGGUAGCCAUACUGGACGGCGUACCGUUACUAUCCACAGUGGUGGCCCUGGCUCGUCAGCGCACACUAGCUAUGUUCCAGGUGAAGAUGGCGAGCCUGGAACCCUUUAUAUCGUCACUCCGACUUCAGGUCCCGAGGCUUCUGAGGAUGUCGACGACUCGGCAUCAGCGACUCACACAGGAGCCCACAACAUCACCAUCUUCACCGAGGGACCUGGCUCGACUGCACACACGACAUACAUCCCACCGACAUCGGGCGAGCCCGGCAAGGUGGUCAUUGUCACGCCCGCAUCCAACCCUCGAUCUGAGAGCUCUGACGCCGACGACAACAGUCAGCCAACUGUCACAGUCUACACUGGUGGCUCAGGCUCAGUGGCCCACACAAACUACGUCCCCGGUGAGUCAGGUGAGCCUGGAACCGUCUUCAUCGUCACGCCUACCAGAAGCCCUGCCGCUACCAUUUACAGCGGUGGUUCCGGCUCAGUUGCACACACAACUUACGUCCCAGGCGAGGAUGAUGAACCAGGAACUCUCUACAUCGUCACUCCCACUUCAGACCCGGGUCGUGCUACUGCCACGGUUUACACCGGCGGACCGGGCUCAACUGCACAUAUUACCUACGUGGCAGGAGAAGAUGGCGAACCUGGAACUGUCUUUAUUGUCACACCUACCACAGGCGCGGGCAGGGCAACGGCUACCGUGUAUAGCGGUGGGCCAGGCUCUACCACCCAUACCACAUAUGUACCGGGAGAGGAUGACGAGCCAGGCACCCUCUACAUCGUCACCCCAACCGGUGCUUCUCGAAGCCCUGCCGCUACGGUUUACAGCGGCGGAUCGGGGUCCACUGCGCACACGACAUAUGUCCCAGGAGAGGACGACGAGCCAGGAACGUUGUAUAUCAUCACACCCACUGGCACAUCACAAGUUCCUGCCGCUACCGUGUAUAGCGGUGGUUCAGGUUCAAGUGCACACACGACGUACAUUCCCGGCGAAGACGAUGAGCCAGGAACUCUCUAUAUUGUCACCCCUACUGGUUCUUCACGAAGCCCUGCUGCGACCGUGUACAGUGGUGGGUCAUGGUCAACGGCGCAUACCACGUAUGUUCCAGGAGAAGACGAUGAGCCUGGAACCUUAUACAUCGUCACUCCGACCGGCACUCCUGGUAGUCUCACAGUUACUAUAUACAGCGGAGGCCCAGGCUCAACUGCGCACACUACUUACGUCCCUGGAGAAGAUGAUGAGCCAGGAACCCUCUAUAUCAUCACGCCAACUUCAGGCCCAGAAGCUGAGACUUCUGGUCACCACACAGGCCCCGCUCACCACACCGUUACCGUCUUCAGCGGAGGCCCUGCUUCAACUGCCCACACCACGUAUGUCCCAGGGGCCUCUGGUGAGCCUGGUACUCUUUUCAUCGUGACUCCCACCGCGGGCGGGCCUACCGUCACUGUCUACAGUGGUGGCCCUGCCUCGACUGCCUACAGUACGUAUGUUGCUGGGGAAGACGGCGAGCCCGGCACACUUUACAUUGUUACGCCUACCUCAGGUCCUGAAGCCGAGACCACUGGUGAAGACAGUCCCACAGUCACCAUUUUCAGCGGAGGACCUGGCUCGGUUGGGCACACCACGUAUGUCCCUGGCGCUUCUGGUGAACCUGGCACUCUUUAUAUCGUCACUCCAACCGGGGGCGAUUCAGACGGCCAAACCGCUACUGUCUACAGUGGUGUACCUGGCACAGCUGCCCACACCACAUACGUGCCUGGAGUUGACGGCGAGGUCGGCACCGUCUUUAUCGUUACGCCAACGGCAAGCGUUUCGGGACGUCAUACCGUCACUAUCCACAGUGGUGGGCCUGCUUCUACGCCACAGACCACAUAUGUGCCAGGUGAAGAUGGCGAGCCCGGCACUCUGUAUAUCGUCACACCCACUGGAAGCUCUUCGGGACGCCAAACCGCUACUCUUUACAGCGGUGGCUCUGGCUCCGUGGCCUAUACCACUUAUGUCCCCGGAGAAGACGAUGAACCAGGCACGAUGUACAUCGUUACGCCUACUGGAACCUCCUCAGGGCGUCAGACUGUCACUGUUCAUAGCGGCGGGCCUAGUUCCGAGGCAUACACUACGUACGUGCCGGGUGAAGACGAUGAACCAGGAACCCUCUAUAUCAUUACUCCCACUGGAAGCCAUUCAGGAACUAGCACCUCGACAGGACGCCACACAGUUACUGUCCACAGUGGCGGACCAGGUACUGUGGCACACACAACCUACGUUCCAGGUGAAUUCGAUGAACCAGGAACUCUGUUCAUUGUCACGCCAACUGCAAGCUCGUCGGGCCGCCAUACCGUCACAAUCCAUAGUGGCGGACCCGGAACCGCUGCGCAUACUACUUAUGUUCCCGGUGAGGACGAUGAACCAGGCACUAUUUACAUCGUCACGCCCACUGGAAGCUUUACAGGGCGCCACACCAUUACUGUCCAUAGCGGUGGCCCCGGAACCGUCGCACACACCACUUACGUCCCGGGCGAAGAUGAUGAGCCAGGUACCCUAUUCAUCGUCACACCUACUGCUGCAAGCUCUUCGGGUCGGCACACUGUUACCGUUCACAGCGGCGGUCCCGGUACCGCGGGCCACACGACCUAUGUUCCAGGUGAAGAUGAUGAGCCGGGCACUCUAUUCAUCGUCACGCCUACAGGGGGUGAUUCAGACAGCCCUACUGUCACGGUGUACAGCGGUGGGCCAGGCACAGUUGGACACACUACAUACGUGCCAGGCGACUCAGGGGAACCCGGAACCGUUUUCAUUAUUACUCCCACUGGAGGUGAUGAUGAGAGCCCUACUGUCACCGUCUUCAGUGGAGGACCAGGCUCUACCACCCAUUCUACAUAUGUCACAGGAGCCUCGGGUGAGCCUGGAACACUCUACAUCGUCACUCCUACUUCGGGCCCCGACGCUGAGACUUCUGAUGGUCUCGAUGAUGAGGCGACUGGUAGCCCGAACGUCACCAUCUUUACGGGUGGUCCCGGAUCGGUUGCUCACACAACCUACAUCCCCGGUGAAGACGACGAGCCCGGAACUGUUAUCAUUGUCACUCCCACCUCAGGUCCCGAAACUGACACCUCUGAUGUUGAUGAUGGCAUCACCUCUGAUAGACCUACCGUGACCGUCUUCAGUGGUGGCUCAGGCACAGCUGGUUAUACCAGCUACGUCCCUGGUGAAUCGAACGAUCCGGGAACCGUUUUUAUCGUCACCCCGCAAGGAGAGCCUCAUUCUUCUUCGGGCGGUACACACCACGGAACCACGAUCGCACCGUCUUCCGCCGGUGGCAACGUUACCAUCUACAGAGCUGGCACUCGAUCAACUACAAGAACCAUCUUCGUGCCCGCUACAGCCUCCGAUGAAGCCGGCACCGUCAUUAUCGAGACCCCGACCGCGGGCCCGGAGGAGACAGAAUCUGGAAGCAUCACUUAUACAGAUAGCCACACGGCUGGGCACACCACAGUUGCGCCAGAUCAUGGAAGUGGAAACGUCACCAUCUACAGAGCCGGAACUCGCUCAACUUCACAUACCGUUUUCGAGCCCGCUACUGGAUCCAACGAACCGGGAACCGUCAUCAUCGAGACACCAACGGUCCCUGUCACCAAUUCAGCUGGUGAGACCACAUCUCCCGAGAUUGCAAACUCGACCAUCAUCCGUGGUGGCCCUCACUCAACGACACAUACAAUCUUCAUCCCGGCGACAGCUUCCAACGAGCCUGGAACCGUCAUCAUUGAGACGCCCACUGUCCACAUCACUGAUGGACCUGCUGAGACCACGACUGCCUCUCCUUCUGGCAUCGCCAACGUGACUGUUGUCCGAGGAGGUACUCUCUCAACCACUCAUACCGUCUAUAUCCCUCCUACUGCGUCGAACGAGCCCGGCACUGUUAUUAUCGAGUUGCCAGUUGUUGGCAUCACGGAUGCACCCAGCGAACCCACUUGGACACCCUCAGACGACGAUGUCACCAUCAUCAGGGAUGGUUCCUUGACAACUACGCACACCAUCUACAUCCCUCCAGCUUCAGGCCAGCCAGGGACAGUCAUCAUCGAGACUCCUACUGCGGUGCUUGCUACCAACUCUGCUGGUGAGACAACGCUGGUGGAUACUCCAGGUCACAACGUCACCGUCUUCAGAGCUGGUACUCGCUCAACCUCACACACCAUCUAUGAACCCCCGACCGCCGAUGGUGAGCAUGGCACUCUCAUCAUUGAAACUCCGACUGGGGAUCAUCACACUGGAGCAUCUGUUACCAGCCACUCUGGGGACCAGACCUCUCUCACACCUCAGGCUGGUGCCUCGUCUGCAGGCCUGUCUUCAGAGACCGGCGCCAGCGAUGGACAUUCAGGCAGUGUCACGUCCCAUACUGGGGCCUCAAGUGAUGAUUCGCAUACAUCUCACACCUCAUCACAUGGAUCUUCACACUCAGAUGCUUCGAGCACAUCUGGUGUCCUUGUCGAUGUUGAGAACAUCUCCCAAAGCUCAUCCAGCACUAACUCGGGAGCCGGGUUCUCCUCCAGCCAUUCAGGUUCUGCAUCUUCCUCCACCGGCUCGUCAACUGCUUCUAGUGGAAGCUCCGGAGCCUCCACCAGCUCCUCUGUCGCUCAGUCAACAUCUAGCCACGCUUCAGACUCUUCGCAUGCCAGCAGCUCCUCUACGGAUGCCAGCACCACUUCCAGUAGUGUCUCGACAAGCUCACACUCGAGCACAUCGUCCGCCAGCUCAGCUACCAGCAGUAGUUCAGCGGCAGUUUCAACCUCUAGUAGCUCUGCUCCUGGCUCAACUUCCAGCAGUUCCAUCGCAAGCACCUCUUCUAGUGCCGCAACAAGCUCGUCUAGUAGCGCCGCUGCUUCCACCUCUAGCAGCUCCGUUGCAACCACUAGUAGCUCAAUCUCAACCUCGAGCAGCGCCACAAGCACUUCAGUUAGCAGUAGUUCGUCAAGCAGCUCCUCCAGCUCAUCCACCACGCCCUCUUCGACUACGAGCUCUAGCUCAUCAAGCACCAGCAGCACAAGUAUGUCAACCACAGCACCACCCACAACUACAAGCAGCAGUUCCACCACGUCCACUACUUCAUCCGUCAAGCUCAUGCCCACUUUUGACUGCAACAAGAUGGGUUACGCCCUCGACGGCCGCCGACUCGUCAUGGUCAAUUUCGCCGACGGAAGCAGAAGCGCCAUUGGUUACAUCGGUACGGACGGCGGGUUCAUCAAUGCCAUCGGCUUCAACAAGCUCGACAACUACAUCUACGCCAUCAUCACCGACCCGCUACUCGAUAUCCUUCUGGGCAGCCUAUUUGGCAACCAGCCUGGUUCUUGGCUCAUGCGUGUCGCAAAGAACGGAAAUUGGGAUGUUCUACCGUAUCGCAUCGACAGUACGAGCAUCACCCUGGGUGACAUUGACGACGUUGGCCGUUUCUGGGUCUCAGAGGGAGGUAGAAAGUAUUUCCAGAUCGACGUCAAUCCGGCAUCUCCAACUUUUGGCAGCACCAUCACGUCUGGUCUCUCGAAUAUGGGCAUCUUGUCUGGCGUGGGUGACUGGGCGUUUGUACCGGGAAGCGGAAACUACCUCUACUCGGUGCAGUUCUCGCUCCUGUUCACCGGCAUUCUCUCCACCAAUGUCAUCAAGUUCAAUCUCGAUACGAUGAGAUGGGAGCUCCACAAAACAUGGGGUAUACUCAGCGUUCUAGGCGGCGGCCUCGUCUGGGAUAUUGUAUGGGGAACUUCCGACGGCAUGCUGUAUGCUCAAGAGACUGUUCUUGGAACCACCUGGAGAUUCAACAUCCGCAGUCCCAACACCAAUCCGGUUGCUCUGCCUAAGGGUGGAACUCUCCUGGCGUUGACAGGAGACGGUGCCAGGUGUAUUGGCGCAGCGUCAUAA